AUGACACCAACACCAAAUUCGAGGUCAAACCCCGAAGUGUCAAAUCCUGAAGCCGGCGAGAUAUCAAGCACACCUCAGCAAGAGACGGACAAUGCACCCUCGGAAGGCGGCUUCUUAUUCAUCGCAUCCACGGGCCAAAACACGCAGAAAGACCGCAAGCAGAUGAGGACAAUGCGCGCACAUGUGAUGCGCAAUUAUCUAGAACGAAGCCAUGCCGAGCAACAAGAUACGGAAUCCAAGAAUUUCUCUGUCCUGUCGUUUCCAGGUACCAGAAUACAGACAGAGAGACAUGCGGCUGGUGCAACCGGCGGACAGAAAAUGAGGUUCAGGAUGCGAUCUGGGGAAUUGGAGCUCAGAAACUCCCACCGAGAGCGGAAAGGGAAGAGGAGGGCCGACCCGAGGCAAGAGAAGGCUGGUAACCCGGCUGGAUUGGAGCUUUCAAGGGACCGGACAGCAUCCGCUCUCAACGCGCAGCAGACGGCGGCGGCCGAGUCAGGAUUUGUACCUGGAAUGCCUGUGACUUGGCUUGGAUCGCGACGAAUCGAUGUUUUCGGUGUGCUGCCCGUCCACUUGGACGAAGGGGACGAGGCAAGGCUGUAUCUAUUCCGUCACUAUGAGAGGUACCCGUGGUGCCCAAUCAACGGACAGAGCAACUGGUCGCAAUUCGCCAUCAGCGACCAGCUGGUUUUCCAUGCGACAAUGUACAGCUGGGGAGUGCACUUUCGUCACCGUCGACCAGUCCCGGAUGCGCAGGAGGAAAUGAAAACGCUGCAACACAAACUGGCGGCCAUCUCAUUAAUUAACGACCGUCUAUCAGAUCCGCAACAAGCGGCCAGCGAUGAAACGAUCGCGGCAAUAUCGGCCCUGACCAACAUCGCCCUCGUAAUGGAAUCAUAUCCGGAGGCAAGCAAACACAUGGACGGCAUGCGGGCCGUCGUCGAGUUGAGGGGCGGUAUGUCGUCCCUGCGGUCGGGUGUUCAGCAACAUCUGCAACGCUUGAUUAGUUGGAACGAUCUCAUCUACUCGGAAGUAUUUGAUGAGAAAUUGCGCUUCCCUCCCAUUGAGGUGUGGGAUGAAUCAUGGGCGGGCUUUCAACAUCACAGCAUAUCCGGACCACUGCCUGGCUUGAGCCGAGAUGAGCUGAGGGCGGCUGGUGCUCCUCGUCAUCAAGCUCUGGAUUUGCUCAACGACAUCCGGGAACUUUGUAACGCAGAGCAACUCAACCCUCUGCGCAGCACUAGUGAAGAGGGGAGGAUGCGACGGGGUGAUAUGUUCCAUCGGAUCGAGAGGAAGUUGAGACUUAUUGUCCAAGGAGACACGGCUUCAGGGAACAACCGUUGGGAGGCCACCGUGUGGCGGGCAGUGUCGUUGGCAGCGUUGCUCUUCACCCAUCACCACCUGCGUGGGAACCCUUUGAAAUACCGACAUUUCAAUGUCUUGACAACACAACUUUACGAUACGCUCAUGACCAUGGACGAGGACCUCAGAGAACUUGACUUCGCUCCGACAAUGUUGAUAUGGAUGCUCUCGACAGGAGCCGUGACCAGUACGUUAGCAGCCGUCCAUGCUGCAUUUGUGUUUAUGCUGGGGAAGGCUUGCCGCAGAUACGGGCUGUUAGACUAUGAUGGGUUCCGACGGACGUUGGGUCAGUUUCUGUGGACGGGACAGGCGGAUCAGUUGAGAUAUCAUGCAUUGUGGCUGGAGCUGGGGCCCAGUUUACGGGGGACAACGGGUCCAUGGCAACAGCAGGAUGUGCUUGAGAUAUAA